AUGUCUUCCUUCUCUUCGCCUUCACCUCAUUCAAUGCCAUCUUUCCUCCUCCUUCUUUGUCUUCACCUCCAUUCUGUCCUUCCUCUUUCUUCUUCGCAUUCAGCUGAUUCUAUGCCUCCUCCUCCUCCUCCUCCUUCUUCUUCUUCUCUGCAACCACUUCAUUCUAUGACUCCUUCUUCUUCUUCUUUGAUUUCAUCUACUUCUUUGAAGUUAUCUCAUUCUAUACCCUCUUCUUCUUUUUCUUAUUUGCCUUCACCUCAUUCUAUGCCUUAUUUUCUUCUUCUUCUUUGCCUUCACAUUCUAUGUCACCUUUUUAUUCUUUUUUUUUUUUUUGCUAUCACCUCAUUCUAUGCUUCCGUCUCCUUCGUGGUCUUCUUCUUCUUUUUCUUUACCUCCACCUCAUUGUUUGCUUUCUUCUUCUUCUCCUUCUUCUUCUUCUUCUUCUUCUUCUUCUUCUUCUUCUUCUUCUUCUUCUUCCUUUCUUUUGCCUUCGGCUCAUUCUAUACUUUCUCAAUACUCCAACAACCCCCAAGUAUUCUACCUGAUUUUAGCGAUAAUUUUAAUUGA